AUGCAAAUCUUCGUCAAGACCCUCACCGGCAAGACCAUCACUCUCGAGGUCGAGUCCUCCGAUACCAUAGACAACGUUAAGUCUAAGAUCCAAGACAAGGAGGGGAUCCCUCCCGACCAGCAGCGCUUGAUCUUCGCGGGCAAGCAGCUGGAGGAUGGCCGCACCCUUUCGGAUUACAAUAUCCAGAAGGAGUCCACUCUCCAUCUUGUCCUCCGUCUUCGUGGCGGUAUGCAAAUUUUCGUCAAGACCCUUACGGGAAAGACCAUCACUCUCGAGGUCGAAUCUUCGGACACCAUCGACAACGUGAAGUCGAAGAUUCAAGAUAAGGAGGGCAUUCCUCCCGACCAGCAACGCCUCAUCUUCGCCGGAAAGCAACUCGAGGACGGCCGCACUCUUUCCGACUACAACAUCCAAAAGGAGUCUACCCUCCAUCUGGUUCUCCGCCUCCGUGGUGGUAUGCAAAUCUUUGUCAAGACUCUGACUGGGAAGACGAUCACUUUGGAAGUUGAGUCAUCGGACACAAUAGAUAACGUGAAGUCAAAGAUCCAGGAUAAGGAGGGCAUCCCACCGGACCAGCAGCGAUUGAUCUUUGCUGGCAAGCAGUUGGAGGAUGGGCGCACCUUAAGUGACUACAACAUCCAGAAGGAGAGCACUCUCCACUUGGUCCUGCGUCUUCGUGGAGGUCAAUAG